AUGGGCGAGCGAGGCGCGAUGCUGAAAGCUACGAGGAUCUACCUGGAGCAGACGAAGAACAGGCGUAUGUCCCAAGCGUCAAAGUGCAAAGCCGCCCCGGAAUUCAUUGUGAAGCCGAACCCGAUCUCGGUGAUCGCUCCAGGAGGGGGGCAGACGGAGCUCACAGAGAUACAGGAGGCGGAGGAUCUCCAAGCAGACUAG